AUGCCGAAGAAGGCAGAGAAGGCGGUGGCGCCUCUCGGGGCGGAGUUGCUCCUGAUUGCCGCGUUUAGCGCCUUUGGAACGGUCGUUCGCCAGAGUUUCUUGUUGUUUACGAAACACACUCCGGGAUGGCAUUUGUCUCCUCUCCCACUGUUCGACGCGCUGUGGCCGAACUUCGUCGGCAGCGUGCUGUCUUCGCUCUUCCUUCCUCUUCCCAAGCUGCUAGCCACAGCCGACGAGAGGCGAGGCAAGAAGAGCUGGCGCCAGCUGAAGCGGCACCGAGGGGAGAGAAGGCAAGAGAAAAGCAGAGAAAAUGGGGAUGAGGAGGUAGAAGGAAGAGAGACGAAGAUCGAGGCCAGCGAUGGUCUCCCCUUGCCUCGUGCUUCCUCCUGUGAAAACUUAGAGAAGGAGAUCCCUAUGGACGAGGGUAGUGUCGCACAUUCUCAGCCUCUGGAGGUAACGGUGGCAGAUGGUGUGACCCCGAGUGGACGCGGCCUUCCUGCUUCGUUGUCACGGCUGCCUCGCCACCCUGUUCGUUCCUUCUGCGCUUCUUCCUGCUCCCGUGAACAAAACGACCGGCGCAAGAAGGAGGAGGAGCAUUCACGCGACUUUGUCUCUCCCAUCCUGGUUGCUCUCCCGGUGGCGUUGUCAAAGGGGUUUUGUGCAAGUCUCACGACGUUCAGCUCGUGGAUUCUCGCUCUUCUCCAGGCUCUCUGGGACGCCUCGGACACGCACGCGGCCCUCUCCUCGUCGGCUUAUAGUCGAGGAAACCGCUUCAUCUGGGUCGCGCUCUUCGGCAUCUCGACACCGGUCUUCGCCUUCCACCUCGGCACCGACGCAGGCCUGCUUCUGCAGCGCCUCGUGCUGCACAGGCGGCCGAGACUCUGGACUUUUUCAGAUGCUUUGCGAGAGAGCAGAGAAGCAUCACGCGAGGCGAAGCAUAGGUACGGGGGGAAAGGAACACUCAAACGGAAAAAGGCGCGAAAACACGAACAAGCGGAUGGAAUGGACGCACGUGAAGAGGCUGGGAAGGACCAAUGUGAAGGAAAUGGAGAGUCUCAAAUCUUUUUCUUCCAGCAGCGAAAGGACCAGAGAGGCAGAACAUCGAGUGCGGACGUAACGGAGAGACAUUCUCUCGGCAGCCAAUCAAACGGAGGCGCUUUUGGAAUUGAGAUCCCAGAGGAGAUCCGUGGUGACAAAGGGCGUGAAGUGCACAGAAACCAGCCCCUCUCUGCUGCUCCUGCUCCUUCAGUUCUGGAUGUGAAUCGUCCUGAUGAAAAGAGCGAAGGGGAGGCGAAAGCCACGAGCCUCACCGGCCGGAACGCCGGCGCUGUGCUCGCAGACAGGAUGUCCCUGGGAUAUAUGCAGUCUAGGCGAAGGCAGGGAGCAGAAGAGAUGCGUUGUUCGAGUUCCAGUGAAGGUGGGGAACUUCUCGGGGUAGCGUGCGAAGUGGUAGUCUGCGAGGCGGCGGGGCAAGAGACGAGAGACGAAUGCAUGCGACAAACGGGGGAACACAAAGUGAAAAGGGGCAGCUCAAACACGCGGAGAACGGGGUGGACAAGGAGAGUGUUUGAACGGGUUGCGGGCUCUAGCAGGGGAGAAAAGAAAGCCACUCUCGUCGCGGCUCUUGUGGCAGCUGCGGUGUACGCCAUUCUCGGGUGUCUCGCGCGAUACGACACGGACGCAACGCGACAAAAUCUUCUGUGGUAUCCUCCAGUUCUGUCCUUCGUCGGUGCGUGGCUCCGGUACACCCUCUCGUGGCAGCUCGAUUUGUACACUCCUUAUUUCCCCAUGGGGACGUUCCUUAGCAACGUCGUCGCCUCCGUUCUAGUCGCAUAUACCGAAAUUAUUCUGCAUCGCGAAUAUCCGGAGUGUCGAGGUCAGUCUGCGUCGAAGUAUGCCAGGUGCACAGACGCCUCGUACUUCCUAGUCGAAGCUGUGGUCUAUGGAAUCUGCAGCAGUCUGAGUACAAUGUCAACCUUCGUUGCGGAGUUGUCAAUCCUACCGAAAAGAUACGCUUACCGCUAUGGCGUGGUUACUCUCAUUUGCGCCUUUGGCUUUGCCGCUGUGGUAUAUGCCAGUCUGAAAUGA